CUCAAACCUCCGCGACAAUGGCGGCUUCCCUUCAACCUGCAUGCUUAGACCUCCACUUCUCCGGCAAACAUCCCCCUCCACCUCUCAAACACCCCACCUUCCUCCGUUGCGUCUCCUCUCCAAAUUUCCCCGAACCUGACUCCCUCACUGACACCAAUCUCACCAAAGACCAGCGCAAAGUGGUUCGUAUCGCGUGGGAGAAGAUAGUCCGUUGGUCACGUUCCUUGCGCGCCAAAGCCAAAACCGAUGUCCUUGAACGAACUCGCAAGGUUGUUGUUCUUGGUGGAGGUUCGUUUGGUACAGCAAUGGCUGCACAUGUAGCUGGUAGGAAGGAAGGAUUAGAGGUUAACAUGCUUGUGCGUGACUCUUUUGUUUGCGAAUCUAUCAACAACAACCACCAUAACUGUAAGUACUUUCCUGAGCAUAAGCUACCUGAGAAUGUGAUUGCCACGACUGAUGCUAAAGCUGCUUUGCUUGAUGCUGAUUACUGCCUCCAUGCUGUGCCUGUUCAGUUCAGCUCAGUGUUUCUAGAGGGGAUUUCGGAUUAUGUUGAUCCAGGAUUGCCUUUUAUAUCACUUAGCAAGGGUUUGGAGCUUAAUACUCUUAGGAUGAUGUCUCAGAUUAUCCCCACUGCGUUGAAGAAUCCUCGGCAACCUUUUGUUGCACUUUCUGGCCCUUCUUUUGCUCUGGAGCUGAUGAACAAUUUGCCUACUGCGAUGGUGGUUGCCUCUAAAGAUAAGAAAUUGGCCAAUGCCGUUCAGCAGCUUCUGGCUUCUAGUUACUUGAGGAUAAACACUUCCAGUGAUGUUACAGGCGUGGAAAUUGCUGGUGCCCUGAAGAAUGUUCUAGCAAUAGCUGCAGGAAUUGUUGAUGGGAUGCAACUCGGUAACAACUCUAUGGCGGCUCUUGUAUCACAAGGUUGUUCAGAGAUUAGAUGGUUAGCCACAAAGAUGGGUGCAAAGCCAACAACCAUAACUGGCUUGUCUGGAACUGGGGACAUAAUGCUCACGUGCUUCGUCAAUCUCUCGAGAAACAGAACAGUUGGAGUCAGGUUAGGGUCAGGGGAGACAUUAGAUGAGAUACUGAGCUCCAUGAAUCAGGUUGCAGAAGGUGUAGCAACUGCUGGGGCAGUGAUAGCGUUAGCACAGAAAUACAAUGUGAAGCUCCCUGUUUUGACAGCCGUAGCUAAGAUAAUCGAUAACGAACUGACACCGACUAAAGCUGUUCUUGAGCUCAUGAGCCUUCCUCAGGUGGAGGAAGUAUGAGAUGGAACAAUUGUUUUGAAGAUCAUACAUAUAUUCACAGAGGUGGCUUUACGGCGGCGAGAUCUUUACAUUUGUUUAGUGAUAGCUUAUGAAGUGAGUUUUAUAAUCUCAUUAAUGUGAAUUGUUCAUAAAACAUUUUACAAAAUCUGUAUAAAGUUUUCUCUUUGCUUAUGCUUUAUCCUUGGUAGAGGUGUUUUAUAAAAUUUAAACGAG